AUGGAUGAUUCAUUACUACUUGAUUCAUCUGAUGAAGAAAAUAGUAGUUAUGAUUCGGAUGGCAACAGCUAUGAAUCCGAUUUCGACGAUUCCCAAAGUGACUCAGAAUCAGAUUCCAGCGAUAAUUUAUCAAAUGCGAGAGAUUGGUGUAAAAUCAGCAAAAAUGAUGUAUUACAGCCUCCUCCUCCUCCUCGAUUCCCAUUCACGGGAAGUCCUGGUUUAAAAGAACAUAUCCAAAACGCUGCUGAUCCAAUGGAAUAUUUUAACAUAUUUUUUAGUGAUGAUAUUGUUGAACAUAUUGCAUGUGAAACGAAUAGAUAUGCCAAAGAUUACCUCCACGAUGUGACUUUAAAGCCCCACUCCAGAGCUAAUAAAUGGAAACCUACUUCACCUGAAGAAAUAAGAGUUUUGUUAGCGAUUUUCAUAAUUCAGAGCAUUGUACAGAAGCCGAAAGAAAGUCUUUUUUGGACAAGAAGGACGUCAAUAGAAACACCUUUCUUCAGAAACGUGAUACCUCAGAAAAGGUAUUAUUUAUUAACGAAAUUUUUGCAUUUCGUCAAUAAUGAUGCUUCUUCAGAAGAAUUUCCCGAACCAAAACUUAAAAAAAUUUGGCCCAUUUUUGAGCACCUUGGCAAAAAAUUUUCAACUGCAUAUAUUCCGGACAGAGAUAUUUCUAUAGACGAGUCUCUGAUGAAAUUUCGAGGAAGAUUGUCCUGGUUCCAGUUUAUUCCUACAAAGAGGGCCAGAUUUGGUAUUAAGUUUUUUCUCUUGUCUGAGUCAGCAUCUGGAUACGUGUGGAAACUGACUGUGUACGUUGGAAAAACAACAUUAUUUGAUGAGGAAUUUAAAGAUCGGAACUUGGCUACAAAGAGCGUUUUGACUUUAAUCAAACCUCUUUUAAAUCAAGGAUAUUGCUUGAUCACUGAUAACUUUUACACGUCUCCUGAGUUAUUUGAAGAACUCAUCAACCACAAAACAGAUGCUUAUGGGACGCUUCCAGAGUUUCGCAACUUCUUCAGCCGAGAACUGCAGACUUCGGCAUCUUAA